AUGCUAAAGGCAUCUCCUACUCAUGAAUUUCAAAGCACCACGUCUCUUCAAUACUCCUCACCUAAUGCCAAACCUCUUCCUGAUGUUACUAAACCUGUUUGCAAAAAACGCGCUCAAGUACCCGUUGUAAGCCCAAAGAGAGAGCCGGAUAAUUCUGAAUUUCAGCCAAGAUGUGAAGAAAAAUCGCUUAUCUCCAAUUCUGUCAUAUCAAAGGUGCUGAGUGUUGUUGUUCACCUUAGAGAAUCACGGAGACGGCCAAUACAAGAGGUGGUCCUGGCUCUUUGUCAGAAGCAUCACGAUAUUUCCGAAGACGUUGUUCUAUCCUCUUUGGACAUCUUAGUGUCACGCGGUCAUUUGCAUCGUGUAGAAUCUGACAAGGGUAUAUCGUAUCGUUCUAAUCCUUUCGUUGUGGCUCGAGGUGACUUAAAACCUGCAACUCUGUCAGCUAAAAUCAAAGCCAAAUACACUGGUGGAGCUAAUGAGCGACGGUCCAAAGUUGCGUCUUCUGUUCUAGUCGGGUCUAAGCGACCACACUCUGAGAGAUCAUCGAAUCACUGCCAGUCCAAAGUUGCACGGAACGAUCCUACAACUAAUACUUACCAACGCUAUAGUCGGAGGUCUGCAACAAAAAGUUUAAUAGCUUCUGAUAGUUCUGCCCCAAAUUGUUCUUGCAAUUCAGAUAUAAAUGAAAAGAUUUACUUUAAUCAGUCUUCAGUUAUUGUAGACAAUAUGCAAAUGAAUCGAGAUCAUGUUCAUCCGGAUAAGGGUGACUACUUGGCGAGCAUAAAGUCGCCAUCACAUGAACUUCAGCAAGGUACAAAGAUAUUUAUUGUACCUCCUGCUAGCCCACUGAAUGAAGCCACUUUUGAAAGUCAAAUGAAUAAUUUACCCUGCCAUCGCACUGAACAGUCUGGUCAGGGUUCUGUAAUACUGCAAGUUCUCUAUCUGGAUAUUCUUUUCAAAAUCCUGGAAUUCCUCAAAUUGCUGAUUCGAGACGCAGCAAUCAAAAAUGUACAGGGUAGAUUUACAGAAGUUUGGUUACAGUCACCCGGUUCUUCUUUUAAAAAUGCAUUUACCAUUCAGGUUCUCGAAGAAUUAACUAUUGUUCUGAAUCGAGUAACUUGUGACCCAAGCCGUCUAAUCAUGAUUUCGGGAUCUGGAACUGUGUUCAGUUCUGGAAUCGAUUUAACUACUAUUACAGGUGAUCUCCUUAGGAGUGCAUUUAUUGAUCCACCUUCGUGUAAUUCUUCUCAUAGUUCAUCAUCAAGUUCAAGUAAUGCAUGCACUUCACACAAUUCAAGCAAUAAUCAAAAAAAUGGGACUGACAGUUCUAAGCCACUUGUUCCAAGUCAAACAAAUUGCUCAUGUCCUCAUUCAAGUUGCGAUUUUAAUUCUUCCUCUCAAAAGAAUGUAAAUAGCAUUCAUUCGUAUUUUUGUUCGUCUCAUAAUCCUGCAAAUAUCGAACGCCUUGUUGCAGCUUUAAGAUCCUUUCUGUUAACUUUGAUUUCAUUUCCUAAGCCAGUUGUAGUUGGUGUAAAUGGUCCAGCUAUGGGGCUAGCUGUUGCUAUGUUGCCUUUGUGUGACAUUGUUUACGUCAGUGAUUCAGCCACUUUUUGUAUGCCGUAUACCAAACUUGGUCAGAUUCCAGAAGGAGCAUCCACUUUUACUCUAAGCAAUCUCAUUGGUAUGCCUUUGGCUAACGAGUUGUUGUUGGCUGGUCGUAAGUUGUCUGCACGCGAAGCAUUGCAAAGAGGUUUGGCUUCUGACAUCAUGUUUCCAAAAAGUUUUAAGCAGGAAUUAGUACUCCGAUGUCAAAAAUUGGCUGGCAAUUCUUGUAUGGCAAUGGAAAUAACCAAGUGUAUGGUAAAAAUGCAGCAUCGUGAGCGCAUAGAAUAUGUGAUUAAUAUGGAGUGUAAAAAGUUGUUAGAAUGUUGGCAAACUCAAGAAUUUCGAUAUGCAGCCAUGGAUUUUAUUAUCAACGAAAUGGAUGACUUUGUAUAG